AAUACAGCGAGUUUGAUUCUAGGUCUUUUCUGGCUAUAUUGGCACGGCUACGGCGCACAGAAGUCUAUUCACGAGCGUAAAACUCAAAAACGACGAAAGGGGGUGUGUGGAAUUAUUGGCAGGGUUUCAGGUGGCUCCAAUAGACACCCAAAGCGUGACUUGCCCGUGUGUUUGAGGGAGAGUGUGUGUGUAUGCGCAUACGUCCGUGCGUGCGCGCGUGUGUGCCACACACACUUGCAUUCGCUCACAACAUGGCGAUGAAGCGCGGAGAGACACGACGGCUCUCUCCCAACUAAAUGCGACCCUGUUCUGAGUGAAAGCAGGGGAGUAUGUCAAAGGGAUAUACUUGAACUAGUAGCCAACUAAUAGCCUACUUCAGAGAGGGGAUUAUUGCGGAUUGUAUUAUAUAUAUACAUUGCUAGCGGUAUAGCUGGCUGUAGAGACCCACGCACUGCUUCACCCCUCUGCUGGAAAUCAAUGCUUUACAUGGCGGUGGAGACUAUCUGGGUUUUCUAUUUACUUUCGUUGGGCUUCUGUGGACCAUCCGUUCAAGAGAAACUUGUGACGGUGGAGCUGAGCUGUGGGGCGGGCCCUGUCCUCGUGGUGCUGGAGCCGGGACAGCCCCUGCUGCUGGACUGUCACCUGGGGGCCACGCCCCUGGACACGCCCCUCAACGUCACCUGGCUGCAGAAUGGGCUCCCCGUACUGGAGGGGGAGGGGGACUCCCUCAGGACCCUGGCCAACGGCUCACUGCUGGUGCUGCCCACCUCUGUGGAUGGCCGGACGCCUCAAGGGGUGGAGGGGGGCUACAGCUGUGUGAGCGCCGGCCCUUUUGGAGCUCUGACCAGCCGCACCAUCACCGUUCAACUGGCCACGCUGUCUCGUUUCCAUCAGGACCCAGAGGCCCAGGUGGUGCCCGUGGGGGGUGCUUCCCGCUUUGAGUGCCAGAUAGACGGAGUGCCCACGCCAAGGAUAACCUGGGAGAAGGACCAGGAACCCAUCCCCAGCCAGCCUAGGUUCAUCUCUCUCCCUAACGGUGUGCUCCAGAUCUUGGGGGCGGUUAAGGAGGAUGGGGGUGCGUACCGCUGUGUGGCCUCCAACUCGGCCCGGAAACGCUUCAGCCAGGAUGCCAUCCUCACUGUCACUACGGGUCCUGGCCCUGCCCAAAAUGAGGUAGUGAUCGUGGCACCUCCCCAGAAUGCCACGGUGGUGCAGGGGCGUCCAGCGGUGAUGGAAUGCAUGGCCCAGGGGGGGCAGCCCAAACCCCUGGUGUCCUGGAGCAGACAGGACGGGAAGCCCAUCGCCACCGACGUGGUUGUCCUGGAAACCAACCUGGUGAUCCCCAACACACGGCGUUACCAUGCGGGGGUCUACGUCUGCCGUGCCAACAAACCCAAGACCCGCGAGUUUGUCAUCGCUGCAGCUGAACUGCACGUGCCAGCCCCACCAGUAAUCCUCCAGCCCCCAGAGACGGUGUCUCUCUCUCGUGGAAACACAGCCAGGUUUGUGUGUAACAGCUCUGGGGAGCCUCCCCCGGUUCUGCACUGGCUGAAGAAUGGCAAGCCUGUCAAGUCUAACGGGCGGGUGAAGACCCAGAGCCCUGGGGUGCUGCUCAUCAACCAGCUGGGCCUGGACGACACAGGGUACUACCAGUGCAUCGCUGACAACGCUCUGGGGACGGCCUGCGCCACAGCCAAGCUGUCUGUCAUUGUGAGAGAGGGUCUACCCAGCCCACCACACCAGCUCUCUGCCAUGCCCCAAUCAAGCACCACCGCCCUCCUCACCUGGGAACGGCCCGAACACAACAGUGACCAGAUUAUAGGCUUCUCUGUGCACUACCAGCCCACUUCAGGCUCUGAUCACAUGGAAUACCAGUUUGCUGUGAACAACGACACCACAGAGUACCAUGUGAAGGAGCUACUGCCACACACAGCCUAUACCUUCUACGUGGUGGCCUACUCCCCCAUGGGAGCUAGUCGCCCGUCACGGCCCGUCACCGUGGAGAUGCUGGAGGACGUACCCAGUGCCCCUCCACAGCUGUCCCUGCUCAGCACCUCUCCUACAGACAUCAGAGUGAUGUGGCUGCCCCUGUCCUCCCAGCACAGCAGAGGAGCUGUCACCCGCUACCGCAUCGACUACUCCACACUGGAACAGGUGGACAACGUGUUUUCUGUGGAGGUGGGGGGGAAUGAGACUCAGCUUACCUUGCGGGAGCUGCAGCCUAACCAGGCCUAUCGGCUGCGGAUGGCGGCCGGAACGGGAGCAGGCUUUGGUGUGCCGUCAGAGUGGAACCAGCACCACACCCCAGCCCACUUUAACCACAGCAUGGUGAUCUUUGCUCCCACAGAGCUGAAGGUUAGGGCCAAAGUGAACUCCCUCCAUGUCACAUGGCAGCCCCCGCCCAAUCACACGCAGAUCUCCGGCUACAAGCUCUUUUGCGGGGAGGUGGUUGGUGAGGAGCUGACCAAUGGGGAGGCUCAUCCUGAGAGGGAGCGGGUGAGGAGGAUGGAGGCCCACACCAUCAAGCUCCGCAAGAGGGUCAAACAUCAUGAGGUCUCUAGUCUGGUCCCUGACAGACUAUAUGAAGUGAAGGUGUGGGCCUUCAAUAAGCAGACGGAUGGCUAUGCUGCAGGAUGGAAGGGCAGGACGGAGAAGGCACAUGGCAAAGCGCCCCCUAAGGGGAACCCCCCUCCCCUGCCCCCCAGCAGCAUCAAGGCUACAGCCAACAGCUCCACAUCCAUCUGGCUGCGCUGGGAGAAACCUCGCUUCAGCAACGUCCGCAUCAUCAACUACACCGUACGCUGCAGCCCGGUUGGCAUCAGAAACGCAUCGCUGGUCUCCUACUACACCAGCUCUGCUCAGGAGAUCCUCUUGGGGGCGCUAAAACCCUACACCCGCUAUGAGCUGGCUGUGCAGUCCAAUGGAGGAGACGUGGUUGGUCCCUUCAGCGGCACCGUGGAGGAGUCCACUCUCACUGACAUACCCUCCACCCCCCCAGCGGAGCUACAGCUCAGUGCCUUGGACUCCUCCUCUGUGUUGGUGAACUGGCGCCCGCCUGUGGAGCCCAAUGGCAUCAUCAUCAGCUACAGGAUCCUAUACACCAUCAACCUCAGCCAGCCUGAGCACCUGUGGAACAACCUCUCCCAAGAUGGGACCAUCAUGAGUGCUGAGGUAGCAGGGCUGUCUAGUGGGACACAAUACUUCUUUAAGAUGAGGGCAUCCACUGAGGUGGGGGUGGGGCCUUACUCCCCAGUGAAGGAUGUGCACACUCCUCCCAGGAAAUAUGAGCUGGACAUCCAUGCAGUGACUGGCAUCAUAGUUGGUGUGUGUCUGGGGCUGCUCAGCAUGCUCCUUUGUAUGUGUGUCAGCUUCCGCAACGGCAAGGCCAGAGAGGUGUCUGGAGGGCUGGACUCCACUGCUCUGCCCCCACAGUACCAUCAUGGGUGUCGGUCUGUGCCCACCAUGGUGCCAGAAUGCAGUGAUUGCCAUGAGCUAGAGACCCUGAUGCCCCUGGGCAGCCUGGACCAUGAACAUGACUGCGCCCAACCCCUCACAGAGCCAACUGAGGAGCAGAGCCUCAUGGGUAAUGUAGGAAUAGGGGACGAAGCCCUAGGAGCUGAGCUCAUGGCUGCUUGGAAUGGGUCAGUUAGUCGUAAUUGGGCCAACCGGAUCACCAAAUAUAGGGAUACCAUCACAGAGGACUCUCUAACGCUCAACAAUGGAACUUUGGACAUGGCCACCACAGAGAAUGGCAAGGGCAACCCCGAGGACCAACUGGACUCCUCCCUGUGCAGUAGUAACCAGGUGGAGGCAGAGGUCAUAGUUCACUCUGAGCUGAACGACCUGGAGAAGGAGCAGCAGGAGGCACAGAGUGAUACGGAAGAGGACUCUCAGGCCACCAGGGGGUCUUCACUGUCCGAGGCAGCUUACUCCCCAGUCAGACAGCCUGCCCAGGCCCCUUUACACCCAAAGGGGACACAACAUCCAGGGGAGCCAGUGAGACAGCUUGCCCAGGCACCACAACACCCAAGGGAGCCAGUCAGUCAGGCUGCCCAGGCACCACAACGUCUAUCACCAGGGGAGGAGUCCCUACAUACACAACCCCUGCCCAAGGUCCCAUCCGGCCCUGUCCUGGAGCCAGUGUCCAAUCACAAUGGGCAGCCAGAGGGCAUUGUUGGGGGCAUGGUGGGCGUGGCAGCACAGCUGACUGUAGAUGUGGGGCGGCACCCGGAAAUGGGGCUCACCAACGGCUUCCACUCCACCAAGCCCCUGCGGCCAGGGCAGGAGACCCUGGGGAACGGGGACUCCAGACACUGUCCCCCUCCCCCGGCCCCCUCUCCUUUCGUCAGCGCCGGCCUUGUCCACUCUAACUCAGCAGUGCACAGCUACCUGUGCCCUUAGCAAGAGGAACAAACCCCCACCCAAAGACCAACUGGACUUAUUUCUUUUUCUCAUUCAUGAUGAAUCAAAUGUUUUGUUUUUUAAAGCACCUCAGUAUCUGAUUUUCUUCUUCCUGGCUCAGUUUUAUAGGUACUUUGAAUCCAUUGUUUUAUAUGUGUAUAUAUACAGUAUAUAUUUUUUAGUGCUAGUAUGUAUGGGUAUUCAUUUUGUUGCAUAGCAGCAGUAUGUUAGUCUGGCCUUAAUCUGUACUUUGCUACAGGCUCCUAUUACAGACGUACGAUGACGGAAUCAUAGUGUAGAAAGCAGGAUAUUCCUUUUUUCAUAAGCCUUGACCUGUUGGACUCUUAGAAUGAGCGUGGCCAUGUGGUACUUCAAGACCUACCUUUGGUCAGCUGAUGGUGGUGGAGAGGCUCUUGAUUCAGCACCAUGGAUGAAGAUAGAGCAGAACCGUGACCAUGUGGCCCUUUCACUCUCACUCUGGCUCCUUUCAAAUGACUGAGCUGUUCCUAUUGGCUGUUCCACUGUAUGGAUGCUGCCUGCCCCAGCACCAGGAAAGAAGCCUUAUAUUUAGACACAGAGUGCAGACCUGUCUCUCUCUCUCUCUCUCUCUCUCUCUCUCUCUCUCUCUCUCUCUCUCUCUCUCUCUCUCUCUCUCUCUCUCUCUCUCUCUCUCUCUCUCUCUCUCUCCAACCUCCUGCUGUCUCAGGAUCCACACACACAUUCCCUGAAUGGAGCUUGGGGGUCUCAGGUGCCUAAUAUUUUAAGAGCAUUUUUAACCUCUGUAUAUUUAUAUAGAUGAUUAUAUUCAAUAAAAAUAGGACAAAUAUGUUGAAAAGGGAAAAUAAAUGAGGCAAUUGAAGAUAAUUUGAAGGAACCGCAUACAGUACAUGUAGUUGAUAUAGGUGGCAUUAUUUUGGGGGGGAGGACUAGAUGAGAUGUGCAGGUGUAUGACAAAAUAACACAUCUUAUAGCAGCGGUCUCCUGGUUUUGCUCCCAGUCAACAGCACUACCUCAUUUCUUUACAGGGUGGUUUGUUGGGGAUUUUAAUAGUGUCAUGCAGAUAGGUGCAUCUUUUAGAAUCUGUUUUUUAACUGUUUAAUUCAUAGCCUUCAAUACUUUCAGGAAUCAUUUCCUGUCCCCUUCUUUCUGUAUACAUCGAUGCGUAUUCCCUACAGGAAAUGACACAUAUGGUACAUAACGGCCUGUCUCAGAUCUCUGUUUAUUGCCCUUUUCCCCUUUAUCAGUUGUUCCAUUAGAUUUGGGUUUACAACUGUCGUCACAUCUACUUUGGACCGGAAAAGAUAAACAUUUUUAAUUGACCAAUUACCACAAAUCACUUUUCAACUUAGGUAAAUAAUGCAGCAUUUUAGUUACCAGGCCUAAUAUAUGGUAGCUUGUUACUAGACCUACUACAUAUGAACAAGGCUCCGUCAGGAGGCCUCACUCACCCUUUGUGAUGCCAUCUCACUCAUCCUUUCUCAGCUGUGUCUAAGCUCCUCCCUCUGCAGGUGAGGGGGAUGGAAAUAUCAUAGAGAAAUAGACCUAGAAACCACUUAUAUUUCCUGUCUUUCUUUGUACUUUUGACUCUCGCCAGCCUGAGGUUUUUCACAAUAUCACAUGUAAAGUCUACACCCCUUUGAACUUUUUUCAAAGUUUUUUGCGUUACAAAGUGGAAUUAAAAUGGAUUUAAUUGACAUUUUUAUAUACUCUGUAAUUUUAAAGUGGAAGAUAAUUAUUAUUAUUUUUUUAAGAUUCAUGAAGAAAAAAAAACUUUAUAACUUGUUAGGUAAGUAUUCACCCUCCUGAGUCAAUACAUGUUAGAAUUACCUCAGUCUUCUUGGGUAAUCUCAUAAAUGCUUUGCACAUCUGGAUUGCACAAUAUUUUCCCAUUAUUCUUUAAACAAUUCUUCAAGCUCUGUCAAGGUGUUGGGGAUAAUGGCUAGACAGCAAUGUUCAAGUCUUGCUCAACAAAUUCACACAGAUUUAAGUCAAAACUGUAACUUGGUUCUCAGGAACAUGCACUGUCUUCUUGGUAAGCAACACCAGUGUAGAUUUGGCUUUGUGUUUUAGGUUAUUGUCCUGCUCAAAGGUGAAUUCCUCUCCAGGUGUCUGGUGUAAAGCAGACUGAAGCAGGGUUUCCUCUAAGAAUUUUCCAGUGCUUAGCCCAGUCUUUUCUUUUCAUCCCGAAAACUCCCCCGUCUUUGCCGAUGUCAAACAUACCCAUACCAUGAUGCAGCCACCACCAUGCUGGAAAAUAAGAAGGCAGUAACUCUGUGAUGUGUUGGAUUUGCCCAAAACAUAAUGCUUUGCAUUUAGGCCAAAAGGUGUAUUCAUUUGCUGUUUCGUUUUUGUUGUUGCAAUAUUACUUUAGUGCCUUGUUGCAUACAUAUGCAUGUUUUGGAAUAUUUGUCAUCUGUAUAUUUGUAUUCUCUUUUAACUCUGUCAUUUAGGUCAUUAUUGUCGAGUCACUACAAUCUUGUUGAUCCAUCCUCCGUUUUCUCCCAUUACAGCCAUUGAAUUCUGUAACUGUUUCAAAAUCACCAUGGUGACAUCCCUAAGCCGUUUCCAUCCUGUCCUGCAGCUCAGUUCAGAAGGACGACUGCAUUUUUGAUGUCUCUGGGUGGUAUAAUACAUCACCCACAUCGUUAUUAUUAACUUGACGAUGCUUAAAGAGAUAUUCGAUCUCUGAUUUGUUAUUGUUACCCAUCUACCAAUCACUGCCCUUCUUUGAGGCUGUCCAAAAGCAUACCUGGUCUUGUAGUUGAAUCUGUGCUUAAAAUUCAAUAGUUGACUGAGGGACCUUAGAUGUUGUAUGUAUGGUGGACAGAGGAAGGGUUAGUCGUUCAGUUCAAUCGCUAUUAUUUCACACAGUCCAUGUAACUUAUGUGAUUUCUUCAGCCAAAUGUUACUUCUGAACUACUUUAGGCUUGCCAAACAAAGGGGUGAAUACUUGUGCAAGAGCUAUAUUUCAGUCAUUUCAGUUUUAUUAAUUUGUAAACAUGUGUAGAAUGUCCUUUGAACUUUCACCUUAUGGAGUAUUUUGUGUAGAUCAGUGACAAAGAAUAUACAAUUAAAUUGACUUCAAUCCCACUUUGUAACGCAACAUAAUGUGAAGAAAAGUAAGAGGCGGUGUAGACAUUACAUUACAUUACAUUACAUUGCAUUACAUUACAUUGGCACUGUACAUUUUACCCUCAUGUUUUCAUUUCUUUCUUUAUAGCAUUUUUAAACAAGCAUCUUUAUUAUUUUAUUGAGCAUAAUGCAUGCUUACAUUUCUUAUACUUACUUUGUGUACCCUAACAAAAUAUGUAUUGAAAAUUGUCUCUCCACACAAGGACAAUAAUAUCUCGUCAUACUUUGUCUAAAUUAGAGUACGCCCAUAUCAAAGACUAUACAGGUAUAAUGGGCCCGUUGUAAACGUGGCCUAAGACAUUGAGUCUUAUGGUCUGUCAGAUGAAUGAGGACUCAGUUAGUCCAGAUAGGUGCUAGAGCUCAGAGGCAUAUAGAAGAGUCUCAUAACUAAAGCAUUCCAGUUGUAUACUUUGAACAGACCUCACUCAGGAUCAGGCAUGCUCAAACUUUAUCGAAGCAAAAUAAUGUCCAUUUUGUGUUGUCAUCUUACAACCCAUACAUUCUCAGUUUCGCACGCUACAUGCUCCUGUUCUGCCUUUUUUUCUCUCAAGACUAAUCCUUCUGGUCUAAGAGAUCAGCACUUUGCUCCUCUACAGCAUGAUCAUCAGGAAAAUGUUCUCAGUCUAUACAAUUAGUCCAGUCAUUAUCGAUACAAAAGUCCUUUUGGAUAUGGAUCGUUGUGCUCUGACUAACUCACUCAGGUUUAUUUAGUCAGUUAGAUUUGAAUGAAAGGUGUCCACCCAAUGCAUGAUUUAAUAGGACUGUAAUACAGUAUAACUACCAAUAUCCAUUUUAGACUGAGUGAAGCUGUGAGAAGGUGACUGUUGACAGUUCAUUUGAAUCUCACAGGCGUACAGUAUGUAUUGUAUCUUUGUAACAUUACAGAAGUUGUUACAUGUUCUUUACUCACAUUUCUACUGAAGCGUCUGUUUUUAACAUACAUUGUUACAUUGUAGUGUCAAUGUCAGCUCUGUUUCAAACUCUUACUGGAGGGGCACCUAUUGCAGCGUCUUUGUGUGGUCUGUUGAAAACAGAGCCAACGUUGAAGACAUAACAACGCCUCCGGCGUGAAGAAUGUGUGCUCUCACUGAAGCGGUCCAGUUGGUUCUUUUGACUGUUUCCUUCUAACCACAUUUCUUGCAGUACAUCGUGUUCCUUACUGUAAGAGUCAUUUGCCCAGAGUAAGCCGAUGCGAUGCUCAAUGUAGUAAUAUCUUGCUCUAAUCUGAUCAAAUAUGCACAUUAGUUCAAUAACGGGAUCCUCUCUUUUUUUUAUCGAAAUUUUAUCACAGGAAUACCUCAUUUUUGUUGGUUACUUGUUAAUUUAAUGAAGAUCAUUAUGAAUAAUGGAAAUUAUGUUUAUAAGAAUCCUUUUGUGGGAUGAUGUAAUACAGCAGAUCUCAGCUGGAAAUAUCACUUGUUGCAGUGGAUUUCUUUUCGAUUCUAAGAAUAAACCCUUGAGUGGUGAGUGGGUGCAGGGCAGGGGUUGGGGGGGUGUGAGGAGAGGCAUGAAGGCAGGGAGCUAAGGGGAGGAGGGUGAAGUUAGGGAAAGUAGUGAAGGGAAACACGUGUGAUAUCAGUGCCAAGAAGAGUGGAGUUGUGGAGCGGUGAUUGACUGUUGAAGAGGAACGUCUACCUUUCUGUAGAAUACUGGUCUUUACUGUUCUCUACUCAGGUGGCCUGUCUUUGCAUAAAACUGUAGAGGACUUGCCAGCACGUACAGUAUACCCGACUCUGAAGCAUGUCAUUAGUUGUCAAACAAAGCUUCACCACUUGUAAUCCUGAAAAACACUAAAAAAAUGCUGAUACACAGAUUUGUAUAGAAGUUUCUGCUAAAUGGCAUAUUUUAUUUAGCUUUUAGUUUUUGUAUAAAAAAAAAUGAAUCAAUGUAUUCUGGCUCUGUGUCCUCUGGUGCUUUGUGGUGAGCUACCUUGUCCAGUGAUGUCACAUUUGUGCAUUCUUCUUCUACUUCUUAACCAGCUAAACUGCUUUAUCCUGAAUGUCCAAUCAUAGAGAACCUGGUAUUGUGCCACCAGCAGAACUCAGUCUUUUUUUACAGUACAUUAUUUUCAUUGUGUCGUAUGUAUGCAACCUCUUUCACUUCAAACUCACUCGCGAUAUCAACUCUUGUUGUUGGAGCACUUCUUGUGAAUUAGCACUUCUAUUAUCUUCAUAUGUGUAUGUGUGCAGUGUCUUGAAAAAGCGUUUGCAUUGUGAAAGUAGGAAUAACAUGUUGGCGGCGGUAUCGCUGCGUGAGAGAGGCAGUAGAGGGUGUCUAUGAGUGAGUCGGUGCUACAUUACGUACGUCCGGGCAGUGCUCUGAUGCUCACCUCUCCCUCUUACACAGUGUGUCGUCACAGCCAUCCUCGCUGAUUAACACACCUGUCCAUCACUACACAUGGCCCCUUCCCUGUUGGCAUCGGCUUUGCACAGGCGAUAUGUCGUCCCCUUUUUAUGCAUUCUAGCAUUGUUUUAUUAAUGAAUUCUUAUGGGAGUUGGGGCCAUGGCAACUUCAGACGGUCAGUGUCAAGAAGUGCAAUUUAACUUGGUCUUAAAAAAUUGGAGGAUGUUUGGAGCCAAGGUCGACUCAAGUGUUGGCGAUAAAUCCCUGAUGAAACCUUAAGUGUAGGAGAUGGCUGUAACGUAUACUCUGAGUGUACAAAACAUUAGGAUCAAGUUCCUAAUAUUGAGUUGCACCCCUUUCGGCCAGAUGCCCUUUGGCUGGUGGACCAUUCUUGAUACACACAGGAAACUGUUGAGCGUGGAAAACCCCAGCAGCAUUGCAGUUUUUGACACACUCAAACCAGUGUGCCUCACACCUACUACCAUAGCCCUUUCUAAGGCACUUAAGUCUUUUUGUCUUGCCCAUUCACCCUCUGAAUGGCACACAUACACAAUCCAUGUCUCAAUUGUCUCAAGGCUUAAAAUGCAUUCUUUAACCUGUCUCCUCCCCUUCAGCAACACUGAUUGAAGUGGAUUUAACAAGUGACAUCAAUAAGGGAUCAUAGCUUUCACCUGGAUUCACCUGGUCAGUCUAACUCAUGUUCCAAAAGUUUUGUAUACUCUGUGUACAUAUGGUUGGCCAAAGUUGUGGACAUGGAUGAGAAGUAAUCUUGUUUUUUUUAACGUUUAUCCACACUGUGUUACCAUCAGUGAACUUGUCAAACUCACAGCAACUCAAGAUGUCUGAGAAAACUACUGUUGUGUAAAUAAAACAUCUUAAUAAAGAGAUGAUGAUAACUGAGCAAAGAUGUCUGAGCAAACUACUGUUGUGUAAAUAAAACAUCUUAAUAAAGAGAUGAUGAUAACUGA